AUGUCUGAAACCAAGACAGAGGUCUUUACGAUAGCUGAGACGGUGGAACCGGCAGUGGAAAAGUACAUGAGCGACACAAAUAAGAAGAGAUGCAUCUUUGAGCAGUAUUUGCAGCCCUGCCUGGCUGAGCUGUUUGGGACGUGCCUGUUUGUGUUUUCGGGGUGUGCGUCUGUUAUUGGUGAUGUGGGGACACUUGGUGUCCUCCAGCCUGCUGUGGCACAUGGACUGGCGUUAGGAGUGCUGAUCAUGGUGUUCGGUCAAAUUAGUGGGGGGCACUUUAACCCUGCGGUAUCUCUGAGCGUUUACCUGUGUGGAGGGAUGGAGCUUCUUCUCCUGCUGCCUUAUGUCCUAGCUCAGAUGUUGGGAGGGAUUACUGGUGCUUUUUUGGCCAAGGCAAUGUACCCUGCUAAUAUGUUCGCUGCUUCCCUUGGAGGAGCCUUUGAAGUAGUCAACAAUGACCUGGGUAAAACCACUCUGGCAGAGAUAAUUAUGACCCUGUUCCUCACCAUGGUGGUGUGCAUGGGGGCCAUCAACAGCCGAACCAGCUCACCGUUUGCUCCUUUCUGCAUUGGCCUCACUGUGACAGCCAACAUAUUUGCUGGAGGGAUGGUGUCUGGAGCCUGUAUGAACCCUGCUCGAGCUUUUGGUCCUGCAGCGGCUGCGAACCACUGGAACCAUCACUGGGUCUACUGGGUUGGACCCAUUUGCGGUGCACUGAUCACUGUCAGUUUCAUCAGGCUGUUGUUUGGUGACCAUAAGACUCGAAUUGUGUUGAAGUGAAUGUCUAAUUUAUUAAAGAGGAAGAGAGAGAGGACACCCGAC